UGGAUGGUUCCAAUUUCCAAUCUACUAGUAUAGCAUGUUUAAAUCAUUGCCGCCCACAUCCGUAUUCCCCAAGUCCCGAACAAGUUCUCUCCCCUUUCCUAUAAUCAAAUUAAAUUACUUCCAUUAAUCAAAAUUAACCCCCAUUGCAACAAACCCAAAUCAAUGUAUUGAUCAUAGAAACCAACACCCAAAUAUUGUUCAAGAGAAAAGGGAAGAACCCAUCAAAAUUAGGGUUUCACUUUUGCACUCAAAUUCAGAAAAUGCAAAGCGGGGAUCUCAACAAAGUGUGGGAAAUCAAAGUUCUAAAAAGAAAAGCUAAACAAGAUCAAGCAAAACAAAUUCUUGAACGCAUUGCUAAACAAGUUCAACCCAUUAUGCGCAAACAUGAUUGGCGUGUUAAAGUUCUGUCUGAAAUUCCCAAGAGAAAGGAACUUCUUGGAUUGAACGUUGGACGUGGGAUAGAGGUGAAAUUGAGGCUUCGGAGGCCUAGUAAUGAAUUGGAGUUCUACUCAUAUCAUGAAGUUUUAGACACAAUGCUUCAUGAGCUUUGCCAUAAUGCGCAUGGUCCUCAUAAUGCCAGUUUCUAUCAGCUAUGGGAUCAACUAAGAAAGGAAUGUGAGGAAUUGAUGUCCAAGGGAAUAACUGGCACAGGGGAGGGUUUUGAUCUUUCUGGGAAACGUUUGGGUGGUUCCACUCGCCAGCCACCUCUUUUUUCCCUCCGCAAAACUGCCCUUACUGCUGCAGAAAACAGGAAGAAGCUUAACUCUCUUCUACCAUCUGGACCUUUACGGCUUGGUGGUGAUAAAAACAUAAUGUCAGCAUUAAGUCCUGUCCAAGCUGCUGCCAUGGCUGCUGAAAGGAGAUUACAAGAUGAAAUAUGGUGUGCAUCUGCUUCUGGUGGCCUAAAUCCCGAAGAAGAGGGAGAUUGUGAUCUCUUAGAAACAGUGGUACGCUCUGAUAAGAAUGUUGCUAGCUCUAGUUCAAAUGCUUCUAGCGGUAACGACGGAGAUGCAAAAUCCCGGAAAAGGUCUCAGAGGGGCGAUACUAUCAAUGUCAUUGAUUUAAGCCACAAUGUAGAUACUACUUCACUUGACGUUCGUGGUGCAAAAUCUAGUAAAAGAUCCGAUGGCUCCUCGAGAACCAGUCCCUCUGCUUUAUCCAUCACGGGGGCCUCAACAAGUAAUCAUGCUACAGAAAGCACCUAUGUUGAGUCUGUCAUGUGGACUUGUGAAGCAUGCACUCUUUUGAAUCCUGCACUGGCUCUUGUAUGUGAGGCUUGUGAAACCCUGAAGCCCAAAGAUAUAUCUGUGAAGUAUAAAUUCUGGUCUUGUACAUUCUGCACCUUGGAGAAUAGUGUUAAUCUCGAAAGAUGUUCAGCUUGUGAUGAAUGGAGAUAUUCACGUGGUCCUCCAUUGUCAACUUUGCCUCCCAAUCUCGGUACAUGAAAGUUUUCUGGAUGGAUAUAUGCAUUCGAAUCACUGAUCAUUCAGUUCUGGUUUCUGAGAAAGAAUCGUUUUGCCAUAUUCUUUCUGAUUUAGGAGAGACUGUAUGUAAAGAUUGAAGAAGAACGAGGAUGAUGUCAGUUGAGGAAUUUUCAGGUGGAGAACGGUAGAGUGGUACUGAUCAGAAACAGAAUAUCAUAAGUCGCAAAGCCUCUAAGGGGUGAGCACUUAAACUAUAAGCAACCUUUUGUCACUUUGUCGAUCUUCUCUCUACCUAUGGCGUAUGGCAAGUUUUGUUGUCUUCGAUUCAAAGUUACUCCUCACCAUCUCGGGGUGUGUUUAUGAGUUGGAUAUUCUAUUGCUCGUAUCAAGGGCCAAAUUCAGCUAAUUUAUGAAGAGUAACUCAUUUAUUUUGUUUCUUUCAUCUGAAAUAUGGUUCAUACCAGAAAAUUUGCUGAAAAUAUAUGUAAAUGGUUAACAUUUUUAAUA